GUGAGCAGGAGGCAGUCAGGGAGCAUUCAGCAGUAUUGCCUGCAUUGCCUAGCUGCAUGGUCAUAACACAUCGUUGUCUGGGGCAAGAGGGCAGCAGGCCAUGCAUGAACACACAGACAGACAAGGGGAUAUAAUGGUGCUCAGUUACUCUUAGGAACUGGAGAGAGUUCAGCGUUCCACGUUUUCACUGCCAAACAGUCUCUGAAAACAGAAAGCCCUGAGACUCGUGUUUGCUUGCUCCUAUUCCAAGUUUUUGAUUCAUCUCAACCCAUUUUUUCCCCCCAAACAUGGGGUGCUCCUCAUCCAGUGCACAGACCGUUGAUCAAGAAAAAAGACCAGGCACAAAGCCUGAGGAGAGCAAUGGAGACACAGUGGCAGUCAAAAACGGCAUCAUUGCAGAAGAUCCUCAAACCAUCGAGGACCAGAUGCAGCUUCCUGUGCAGACUGCGUUACCCGAUGAUCUUCAGAGGGGUGCUGAUGAUGAAGCUGAGGCCGUGUUAGUGGCCCUGGAGGCCCAAGAAGACCUUGGCUCUGGGGAGGACCUUCUAGCUGCUUCUGAGGUAAAGGAAGAACCUACUGCUACUGAAGAGACAGCGCCAGAGGCUGCUGCUUCUGCUCCUGCUGAGCCUGAGACUGCUAUAGCAAUUGUUGAGGCACUACCCCCGGUUGAAGAAGCCGCCCCUGUAGAAACUGUAGAGGCAGAAGCCCCUCCUGAGGUUGAAGCUCCUGUUGAGACUGCAAAAGAGGCCCCUGCUGUUGAAUCAUCAGCUGAAACGGUGCAGGCAGAGGCCUCUGCCAUCACUGAGGAGGUGGUCGCAGUGCCUGUCGCUGAACCGGUUAUAUCUGAGCCAACUGUGAACCCAGUUAUUGCGGAAGAGGCUUCAGCUGAGGCUGUGGGGGCCCCUGCUGAAGUGGCUGCACCUGCGCAGGCUUCAGCUGACAAUUCUGAACCAGAGGCUGCUUUACCUGCACCAAGCGAAGCUUUAACAGAAACACUGGCUGAGUCUUCAGCACCAGCUGAAAUUUCAGAACCAACUGAAGCUGCACCACCUGCUGAACCCUCGGUGCCUAUUGAAGCUGCAGAGCCGGUAAUAGACACAGAGAUUGCUACUGCAACUAUCCCAGAGAUGCCAGCGUUAUCUUCUGUCACAGAUGAGACCAAAGUUGAGCCACAGCCUGCUGCCGAGGAGCUGACAGACCCUACUCCAGCUCCUGCUCCAGCAGAGGCACCCAGCACCACAGAGGAUGCCCAUGCUCCAGCUUCAGGAGUUGAACCUGCUGCUACUGAGCCGGUCCAGGAUGCAGAGGUUCCAGCUCCUGCUCCAGCUGCUUCAGAAACCCUUUCUGAGGUAGCCUCAGAAGCUCCACCAGCCUGUGUCACCCAAGAGACCACUGCAGACAGUGUAGCAGCAGUGGAGGCUCCUGUGGUUGAGCCCACCCCUACAGAAACUGAAGCCCCUUCAGCACCAGCCCCAUCUACCGAUCCAGCUCCUGAAGAUUCACCAGGUGUGGAGUCUGCAAGCGAGGCGUCUCAGGAUACAGAGGGUGAGAAAGCCAAAAAGGAGGACUGAGUUGAGAGAAAAGAAUGCAACAAAACGCCCAAAGCUACCACUGUAAACCUACUGGAAGGAAGACAAGAUGAAGUAAACAGAAGAAUAAAACAACUGAUUUUCAGUUUUGUCUCAUCAGCACUCACCAAACUUUACACCACAUUUCCUAAUAUUCACUGUGCCUUAAAAACUUUCCUUAGAAUCUUUCCCAUAUUUGUAUAUAAACCUUUUCAGGAGAGGAACGCGAAGAGUAUGUGUUUUUUAAUGGGAAAUCAAGUCUCUGGAUCCACGUACUACACAUGUGGCCUGUGACAAGAGGGUGCAAUCCUCUGUAAAAUCUGUCAACUCUUGCUAGCAACUCUUUCGAGUUUCGAAUGGCAGUGCGCUGAAAUACAGGAAGGAUACUUGGUUAUUUAAAGAAGCUGCUUCUGAGGAAUACAGCUGUAAAUAAAAAACUUAGACAAAGAACUCAAAACUGACAAGAAUACAAACCUGGGAUGACACACACUGGCUAGGUGUACACUGUACUUAGGCUGUAAUAAACUGAUUUGUAAUUGGUUGAAUUUCUAGUUUAAUUCUGACAUUAAACCAUAUUUUUUGUUAACUGUUUGCACAUUAAUUGCAGCCUUUCCAAAGGGGCUCAUUUAUUCAAUAGGAAUGACAGUAAUAAGUGCUGAGUAACUCAGCACACAUGGUUUCAAUAUUUCAACAUUUUAUUGGUUCACAUUAAAGUGUUUUGAUUUGCUUAAAUGAAAAGUGGGCAAAGAUCACGUAUGCAGAGGGUUAGUACUUAAAUAUACUUUUAUAAUCAGUCGUUGGUGGGUUAAGGAUACAGACGAGGCCAUGUUGCUGUUCUGUGAAACCCUUCUGUAGUUGCUCCGUAGCUGGUGGGUGUUUGUGAACUUUUCUUUCUUAAAGUAAUGAACCUUCCAACAAAAGGAACUUCGGGGUAACACUGAUGUCAUACGCUUGUCAGUUUUAGAUUGAGUGCAUUACACUGCAUCGCCUAGUGGGCAGAAUAUUAAACUAAUUAGUUCUACAUGCUGAGUUUAAAAGUGUAAGGGCAUUAGAAAAUUACUGCAACCUCAUAAGAUGUGAUGAUGCUUUGGGAACAAAUUUUUUUUGAUCUUUUUCAUUUCACUUCUCACUCCCUGUAAUAUAUUCAUUUUCUCCAACUUUGUCUAUGAUUCUGCUAACCUGUUAGUGUACAGAAUAAAGUUUUACUCACUAA